GCCACACUAAAAAAGAAGAAAGGGAUCUAUAUAUAGAGAGGAAUUUGAAGAAGAUGACCGUUGUAGAGGCGGUGAUGUCUGUGGAGAUUCAUCGAGAAGAGCUUCGAGAGUUUUGCUCCACCUUCUUAGAGAGAGAGCUUAGUCUGUGAGACUCGAUGAUCAGUUUCUUGGUGGGUUACUUCAUGAUGACUUUGACGGACGAUCAGUGAACGUUGUCGUUCUGACUAAAAGAGCAUAAACGAUGUCGUGCAGUGACAAAGGAGAGACGAGGCUGAAGCGGCAUCGUUUUGUCUGAAAGUCUUUAUACUUCAAUCGUCCAACAAUUUCACCCUUCGUCCGAGAAGUCUGAAUGAACCUGAAAUAAGAAACACACAGCAGUACUCGAGGGAAAAUGGUAGCUUUCAUUAGUCAAGAAUGGAGAGAAUACAUCUGUUGAAACCAGGGAUACUGAAAGCUACAGCUAGAAGAAGGUUUAAGACCAUUCAUUCAUACAAAAUGUUCCCCCUGAACACAUGCAUAACUAUUAAGAGAAAAACACAAUCAAAGAUCACCUACUAAGAUCACUAGCUAAGCAAACUACUGACUACUACACUAAAAGACGGAGACACCUAAACUAAGGAAGGUUCCCCCCUGAGAAUAGACAGGGGCUUAGGGGAUUAGCCUUCUACAGUUCUAGAUCGUCUCCUGCUGUUGUCACUCGAACUAAAUUCCUAUGCUAAUUAACUAUGGAGCUCCAAAUACAAAUCUCUUGCACGCUAUCAAUACUUCCAAAUCACAUCUUUGGGAGUGAUACAAUGAUCUCAUUUUGCUAUCAUCUAAACUUGCCAUCAUAUGAUCAAUGUUGUUGCAACUUUAGUUUCUAUGGCGUAGCCACGGGUAUUGAUUCUAGUUUCACAUUAAGUUGAAUUCUUUGUCUCAUUCCACGUGGCCUCACCACAACUUUUCCUCCCAACUAUGCGUAACAGUCAUUAGCACUAACUGAACUUACACUAAUAAACAAUUCAAACCAUAAUUACUUCUUUCCUAGGCUAGUUAUUGAAAGCAAAAACCAUCCAUAUGGAGAACGUAGGAACAUAAGUGGCAGACCAUGGCAAAAACAAAUUGACAACUUCAACUUUAUUUGUUCAUCAAGCCACAUUAGAUCAGCCAAUAGAAGCAAUUGCCAUGGAUAGAACUUUACUGCAUCAAUCACAUUCCCACUUAUUCUAUCAACUUUGACGCUUAAACCACCUUAUGAAUGCAACGAACUAGCAGACUGCCAAACCGCACUCCAUUUCUACAUACUACACUAAAGUUACUAAAAACAGAAGGAAAUUCGCAACUGACUACUCAAACAGCAGCCAGUGCCACAAAUCCGCACCACUGCAAAGUUCCCAAAAAGGAAUGGCAUGUACGACACUGAUUCGCAAUUCCUAUAAGAACUUCCAAGCAGUGACCAACUUAGCUCUACUUACUUCCCUCCAUUUCCAAUCUGAAGAAGGGAAGUUGCAAAUUACCUUUCUGGAUCCGCCCAAAGAAACACCAUGUUCAGUAUCUUUCCGGUCGAUUCCUCUCUAUGUAUCUACACAGCACCAUUCCCAAUCAAACCCGAAAUCAUAUUUCCACAUGUCUCUAGCCUGUCAUUCCGCUCCUGCGAUUUUAGGUGCACCAGAGAGUUUGAUCACAGAGGUCGGCAAAUAUGUUCAUUUGGCCGGCCGUUGGGCUGCUUCCCAAUUGUUGAGCGCUUUGAGGCCUAUCAUUGUUUUUGGAACGAGGCAUAUCGUGGGGUGGUCAUUGAAGGACCAAAGCUUGUUGUUUUGCACAUAACAGAAGCAGAUGACAGCAGAUGGCGUAGUGAGCUGAUUGAAGUAUCUGCUCCAAAGCUCAAAACAUUCACCUGGCAAGUCGACCAUCUGAGAAAGAGGUUAAGAAGUAUAUACAUACCUUCGAUUGAGCAAGCAUCAGUUGUCUUUCUCUUCAGAAGUAGCCAAAACAAGCUAUUGGAGCAUCUAGUCCCUGCGUUUCAAAACGCAAAAUGGAUUACACUUGGUCUGGAGUUUAUCCUGGACGAUGAAGACUAUAUUGGGUUUGGAGCAGAUAUAACGAGGAUGAUAUCAAACCCGCCAUUUGGAAAUUUGGAGAGGCUGAGAAUUGUGAGGCGACAACAAGAGGAGGACAUUGUUGCCAAUUUCGGAUUCCAUGGGCCUACUCUCGGUAUAAUUGAAGACUCUCUACUGCCCACUUCAGGAACUGUACCGCCGUCGUCCUACUCCUUUACCGGCGAAAGCAGUGCCGCCGGGAGCGGAAGACAAGCAAAGGAAACGGACGAGGAGGGCGCUGGGAAGAGCAGGGAAGCUUAAAGCCAACGGAGACGCAGAAUUGAAUACAGACAGACAGAAAGA